AUGUCAGAGGCACUCAAGUGGAAGGACGAUGGUAACAAGCUCCUUAAGGAGCAAAAAUACAACGAAGCCAUCGAUGCCUACACAAAAGCCAUAGAGCUAGAUGGCACGAACCCCAUCUUCUACUCCAACAGAGCACAAGUACACAUAAAAUUGGAGAACUAUGGCUCAGCCAUUGCUGAUUGUGACGCUGCGGUCAAAGCUGACCCUCUGUUUAUGAAGGCGUACUACAGAAAGGGUGUUUCGCUCAUGGCGCUUUUGAAUUACAAGGAGGCCCAGACUAAUUUCAAGAUAGUUUUGCAGAAGCUUCCAAAUGACAAAUUGACCUUAGAAAACCACAAGCAAUGUGUAAACUACUUGAAGAAGGAGGCUUUUGAAAAGGCUAUCGCAGGGGAUGAGAAACAGCUGGUUCUUUACGGUCUCGACUUCGAUGGUAUGCUUAUUGAGAAACUGUGGGAAGGACCUCUGUUGGAUAUCAAAGCUAUUAAGCUGGCCGACAAGAAACAAGUCUCUAUUGAGAUCGGCGGAUUGGAUCAAGCAUACUUGAAGUACAUGAUUGAGCUCUUCAAGAAGGGAGGUAAGUUACCCAAGAAGCAUGUCUUCGCAAUCGUGGCCAAAGUAAAUGAGCUUCUCCGGAAUGAGAACUCUAUGGUGGAGGUAAGUUUGCCCCAUUCCCAACUCGAUGAGCUGAUUUUGCCCGAAGAUGAGAUCAUCCUCAAGAACGGAAAGAAGCUCACCGUUGUUGGUGAUACCCACGGUCAAUUCUACGAUGUAUUGAACCUAUUCCAAAAGUUUGGCUUUGUUUCGAACGAGCAUGUUUACUUGUUCAAUGGUGACUUUGUCGACAGAGGUUCUUGGUCAUGCGAGGUUGCGUUGUACUUGUAUGUGCUCAAGAUCUUAUACCCACAAUCGCUCUUCAUGAACCGUGGAAAUCACGAGACAAACGAUAUGAACAAGACAUACGGGUUCACGGAUGAAUGUGAAGCCAAAUAUUCGAAGAAGGUGUUCGAGGCUUUUGCCGAGUCUUUCGGUGCAUUGCCUUUGGCCACUUUGAUCAACAGAUCUUAUUUGGUCAUGCAUGGAGGCCUUUUCUCCAACGACUCUGUUACACUUGAUGAUAUCAAAAAGAUUAACAGAUUCCCAAGUUCAGGCUCCUCGCAGCCACCUAGAGAGGGAUUGGCUAUGGAGCUUUUGUGGACCGACCCUCAACCUGAAAACGGAAGAUCGCCAUCAAAGCGUGGUUUGGGUAUUCAGUUUGGUCCAGACAUUACAGAGAAGUUCUGUGUGAAUAACAAGAUCCGCAAGAUCUUGCGUUCUCAUGAGGUAAGAAUGGGUGGAUUUGAAAACGAACACAACGGUAGACUUAUUACGGUGUUUAGCGCACCUAACUAUUGUGACGCUACAGGAAACAUGGGUGCUGUGGUUCACUUUACGGAGAACUCCCAGUAUGAUAAGUCACAGGACAACGGAGAGGGUUACAAGGAAAGUGACGAGAAAAACUGUCCAUGGUCCCUCGAACUGGAGACAUUUGAGGCUGUUCCUCACCCAGAUAUGAAGCCUAUGGCUUAUUCUAAGGCUGGUUUUGGAUUCUAG